CGGAGAGCCGACAGCGCUGGUGAAAGAUAGUAUUGACUCUGUUCUUCAGUCCUUAUCCGCUAAAGGGAUAGCGAAAAUACCGACAAUUGCAACAUCGCAGUGUAAUGGAGCUUCACGUGUAGAAUAGUUCACGUAAAAUUUGUGCUACACAAUAGCAUUUCGUUUUGUUGCGAAACCGAGGUCUGCGAAUGAUCAGGAACGUCUCCGUCGCAGUCGUCGUCGGCCUGUGGGUGAUAAGAGGCUAAACUAGAGCACGCGAAGAUGAAGUCUGCCUUGUUGGCGUUGUGCGUGCUUUGCAAUGGCGCUCAGGGAUGGUUCGGUGCCUCCAUGCGCAGGCUCUACAAUGGGCCAGAGAACGCCCGCAGAGCAACGUCGCAGUUGGGCGACGUGGGCGACCCGCUCUUCCUCACACCGUUGAUCGAGGCUGGCCAGCUGGAAAAAGCGCGCAACCUGAGCCGCGUCGCUUCGCUCGGCGCUGUGCCGGACUUCCCAGGAUACUCGGGGUUCCUCACAGUCAACAAGCAAUACGGAAGCAACCUGUUCUUCUGGUUCUUCCCGGCCAAGGAGAAGCCGGAGGAGGCGCCCGUGGUUCUGUGGCUGCAGGGAGGACCGGGAGGCUCCUCGCUGUUCGGGCUGUUCGUGGAGCACGGACCGUACAGGGUAGCCAAAGGCGGCGUGCCCGAACUUCGCGACACCACGUGGGCGCAGCGCUACUCGAUGCUCUACAUUGACAGCCCGGUCGGCGCCGGCUUCAGCUUCACACAGGACGACCGCGGCUACGCUCGCAACGAGGUAGACGUCGGCCGUGACCUGCACGAGGCCCUGCAGCAGUUCUUCACGCUCUUCCAUGAGUACGCGGCCAACGACUUCUAUGCAACGGGAGAGUCGUACGCCGGCAAGUACGUGCCGGCCAUUGCGCACGCCAUCGACACAGCCGUUGUACCCAGGGUCAAGAUCAACUUGCGCGGCAUCGCCAUCGGAGACGGAAUGGUCGACCCGGAGACCAUGCUCGACUACGCCGACUUCCUCUACCAGAUCGGCCUCGUAGACAGAGGACAAGCCGACUACAUCCGCGCGGAGAGUGCUCGGGUAGCUGCCUACAUCAAGCAGGGAAGAUACAUGGACGCGUUUCUCAUCUGGGACAAAUUUAUAAACAUAGACGCUUUAUACCAGUCAUCGUACUUCAAGAAUGUCACGGGUUUAGACGCGUACUACAACUUCCUGCUGUCCAGUAACCCUGACUGCUUCGACUAUUACCAAACAUUCGUCGACUCGCCCGUUGUCCGCAAGGCCAUUCACGUGGGUAACGUGACUUUCAACAACGGACAUGCCACUGAGAGGUACCUUCAGGAGGACAUCAUGCAGUCCGUCAAGCCGUGGCUCGCAUCCCUCAUGGACAAGCCGCAGUACAAGGUGCUGAUAUACAACGGUCAACUGGACAUUGUCAUCGCGUACCCACUGACGGACAACUUCGUGUGCAGCAUCCAAUGGUCUGGCAAGCAAGCUUUCGACAAGGCGGAGCGUAAGAUUUGGAAGAGACCGGACGGAAACGGUGUCGCUGGAUACGUCCGAAAUGUGGGAAAUUUCACGCAGGUCCUUGUUAGGGAUGCCGGUCACAUCCUGCCCUACGACCAGCCCGAGGUUGCGCUCGACCUUAUCACUCGAUUCAUCGAAGGGAAGCCCUUCGGCGCGUGAAAUCCUUACUUGCAGGAAGGGCAGAUCAGGAAUUAUUUGAUUUGACGUGGAUGCAAAUAAACGCAUCGGAAUGUGAA